AUGCAUCUACGGUCGUUCCUUGCCGUCGGGUUAGCCGCCAGCCAUGGCGUGCACUCCCUCCGCCUAGGCCUCCCGGCCGUCGCUCUCAGCAUGGCUUUCACACUUGGCCGAGCGACACUCGCCGUGUCCGACGUGGCGGCCGGCGGCCUUGAGAGGAGGCAAGGGGAGACUAUAUGCCCGUCGAUCGACCCCUCUGAGUGUACGGCGGUGAAGCGGGACGAAAGGGCCAACGACGACGACGAUGACGACGACGACUUCAACGCGACCGGUUUCACCGAGGAUGACGGGGAAGACGAGGACGAUUGA